CCCUGUCUUUGUUUUCCUCCCUUGUCUACUCGCCAUGGACGAGCCCGGUCUCAAGACGGAGGACCAGCUGGACAAGGCGCAGGGCGCCGAGAGUGAAGCCGCCGGAGCGCCCACGGAAGGCGAGGACAGCCCGCAGAACGAAAAGGGCGCCGAGAGUGAAGCCGCCGGAGCGCCCACGGAAGGCGAGGACAGCCCGCAGAGCGAAAAGGUGGUCCAGCGGGGCCGCGUGAACCGGCAAGCGUCCAAGGAGAUCAUCGAGGGCAUCCGCCGCAAGCGCAGCAACUCGAUCGCAGAGUCCUGUGAUGACACCCAGGACAAGCUGGACGCAGAAGAAGCCAAGUGGCGAAUUCCCGCCGCCUUCUUCUACGACCCCAAGUCUCCCGAGCUGCGCCCGGCCCUCGAGGACCGCGAGCUGCCGCGGUGCGGCACCAAAGCGGCGCGCUUCAUGGGUUAUGACUUUAGCCGCGUGAACAACGCAGUGUGGACCUCAAAAGAGGAGUUUGCGUACAUCACCGGCCACGUGGUUUGCUUCAUGAACAUCGAAACGCGGCAGCGGCGCUUUUUGCACGGCCGCGAUGAUGGCGGCAUCGGCGCGGUGGCAAUGUCCCCGGACGGCGUCUACUUCGCCGCGGCGGAGCGCAGUAUCACUUCAUCGCCUCACGUCUACAUUUAUUCCUUCAAGACGAUGAGGCUCUACCGGAUCUUGCGGAAGGGCACCACCCGGGGCUAUGCCUCCGUGGCCUUCUCCCCACACGACAAGAACCACCUGGCCGCGUUGGGUUGUGCCCCGGACUACUUGCUCUCCGUUUGGGACUGGCGCAACGAGCGGCUGCUGCUGAAGUGCAAAGCCUACGGCCAGGAUGUCACCAGCAUCCGCUGGGGCCAGUUUCCCGGAAUGCUCACCUCGGUGGGCGUGGGCCACAUGCGGUUCUGGAAGAUGGCGCUGACCUUCACAGGGCUCAAGCUCCAGGGAGACCUGGGCAAGUUCGGGGCCUCGGAGCUGUCGGACAUCUCGGGCUUCGUAGAGCUGGCGGACGGGAAGAUCGUCUCGGGCACCGAGUACGGCAAGCUCCUGGUCUGGGAGGGCGUCUUCGUGAAGGUGGAGCUGAUGCGCGCCAACGAGAGUGCCACUCUUGCGGAGGCGCCCCUGAGCAUCGCGGGCAGUCCCCACAAGGGCAGCAUCGAUGUGGUCCUUUUGGACAAAGAGAAUAGCCUCGUCGUCUCCGGUGGUGACGAUGGCUACCUUCGGUGGUGGCCAAUCGACGAGGUCGACUCAGCAGAGGCUGACUACGACAAUGGCAUCCUCGAGUACGGCAUCCGCAUGCGCAAGGAGGUGCGGAUCCCGCCGAGCAGCGAGCACAACAUUCCCGUGGCCCACAUCCAGCACGUGGUGGUUUGCCCAGACGAGGUUACCUGGCUGAUCCAGGAUAGCAGGAAUGGCAUGGUUUGGCUCUACAACAUCAGCGAUGGCUCCUGCAUCUCAGCUUUGGGCUGCCACAGCAGCCAGGUCACCAGCACGCUGAUCUCCUCUUCCUACGCGGGGAUGGUCAUGUCAUGCGGCUUGGACGGCACGGUGCGCGCGUACAACGUCUCGAACCCUUGGGACAACGAGUUGUUCCGCGAUGCACGGCCCUUGGCCAACGCUGACGUGGGCGCAACGUGCAUGGACGCCACCCCCGAGAUAGUGGACCCUACGAAGCGCACCAUUUGCGUUGGCUACACGGACGGCACGAUCCGGGCCUUCACAGCCUGCUCCGAUGGCUUUUUGCAUCUGCAGGCGCUGAAACCGCACAAGUGCCUGGUGAAGCAGCUGAAGUACAGCGGCGAUGACGCCGGGCUCCUGGCCACCUUGAGCGAGGACAACGCGGUGUUCUUCUUCCAGGUACAGCUCCUUUCCGAGCACGCCAUCCCCAUCGGCUUCGUGAAGAUCCCCACCACGGUGGACUUCUUCACUUGGGACGAUGUCUCAGGCAACCUUCUUCUGAGCCUCCGGGAUGGCACGCUGCUCUCCCUGCAGUCCCCUCAGCUGGACAACGUGGACAACACGGAAACGUAUGAGAUCCAGGUGAACUACUGGUCGGUGCAGCCUGAAGUGCCGGAGAUUGAGUCAGAUGAGGAAGAAGAGGAGGAGGAAGAGGAAGGCGAAGGCGGAGAGGAGGAGGAGCCCCAAGAUUCACCGCGUGAGGAACUCGUGGAGGAAGAGGGCAAGAAAAAGAAGAAGAAGACGAAGGAGGAAAGAAAGGCCGAGGAAGACGAAGAUGGAGAGAACCGGAAAGAGGUGAUUGUGACUUCAGUGUCCAGAGCCAUUUUCAUCCCCGGCGAUGGCGACGCGAGCGAGCGGAAGGUGCUCUUCGCCGGGACCGGCGCCUAUGCUGGCGGCCUUUGGGAGGGCUCCCUGAUUGGCAUGGAGGAGCGGAAUGUCAAGGAGGAUCCCUUGGAGCAGCGGAUCUCGCAGACCAUGGCCUGCCAACUCCGCGCCAAGCUGCCGAAGCACGUCCAGGUGACGCAUCUGUCCAUCUCGCCCAGCAAGCGCUGGCUCAUCGUGGGCUUUGCAGAUGGGCGUGUGUGGCUGACGCCUCGGCACGGUGGAUGCUUCAUGUGCACCCACGUAGCCGACGGCGGCAGCGGUGCCGUGAACUCGGUGUCGAUGCAGGAGGACGAAACGUUGAUGGUGGUGGCUGCGGGCGAUGGCUCCUUGGUGACCUACACCAUCAGCGACGGCUUGCUUGAGCUUGCAGAGAACUACGUCCACGGCCAGGUGAACUUGGAGGAUGCAGCGCUGGAGCUAGAGAGUGCUAUGCCUGAGAUGCCGGAUGCGUCCAUGGAAGGCUGGAGUUUGCCACCACGCGAGGCACCAGGCGUGGUCGCGAUCAACCCGGAUAUCACGGACACAAAGCACUACUCCAUCCAGGACGCGAAGCUGAAGGCCGAGGAGGACUCCGCGCGGGCCGCGGCGGAGCUGAAGAAGCUGCGGGUGCGGGAGCGCAUCAGCGAGAUCCGGGACGAGCUGGCGGAGCUUCAGGCCAAGAACGCCACGCUGAAGGAGGCGCAGCUCUCCUCCGGAGACAUGGUGGUGGACCAAGAGUACAUCAACCACCUGAGAGAGGACAUGGAGCACCAAAUCGAGCAGGUCCGCUUUGAGCUGGCGUGGUCGGUGGAGUUCCAUGAGCGGGGGCUGCAGAAGCUGAAGGACUACUACCUGCAACAGGUGGACUUCGAGCGCGUCGAGGUCCUGGGCUUCCGCUCGGAGCACCGGGUCUCGAGCUUCCGCUGCGCCAAGAUGUCCAACGAGCUGCAGGCGAACCUCGCCAGGCUGCAUGAGCUCAUCUUUGCUGCAGAUGCGGACAAUGACCUCGAGGACGACGAGGAAGAGCAUGAGCUCGGCCUCGACGGCAAGUCCACAUUCCGAGGCAACAGAACAGACUUCGGCAUGGAGAGCGAAGGAGGCAAGUCUGAACGAGCCCUCUCAGGUGCCGAGCAGCGGGAGCUACGAAGGCAGCAAAGGAUGGCGCGGCGCGGUCAGAUGCAGGAGCUCGAGCGGGGGAAGCCCUCGGAGUCCUAUGAGGCGCCCGAAGAUUUAGAGGCCAUCGCGCAUGCCGAGGCGACCUUGGGCAACUACAUGCUGAAGACCAGCGAGGCCUACCAGGUGCCGGAGAAUCAGCGCAUGAAUGCCGAGAAGAAGAGGAGGCAGAUGUUCCUCUUGGAGGAGUCGAUCCAUGCCAUCAAGACGGAGUUCAACCAGAGGGUCCUGGCGCUCCGGGACUUCCGGCAGCAGGUCCGUGCGGAGGUGGAGCGAGAUUUGCAAGCUCUUGCAGAGAUCGACGAGCAGCUAGGCACCAGCACCGACUGGGUCGCGGGCAUCCUGGAUAAUCCUGAAGGAGCUCCCACGGAGUACCCUGAGAAGCGCUUCGAUCUGGAUGAGGCCGAGAUCAAGACCUUCGCUGCCCAGCUCCGUGGCGAUGUGGAGGAGCAACCACCUCCUCCAGAGGAUCACUUCGAUGAGGAGGAUGAAGAGGAAGUCGAUGAUGAAGUCGAUGCAGAAGACGAAGAUGAAGGCCACUCUGAGGAGGCGGAAGGCGAACCGGUGGAGACAGGCCGCAAGAACUCCGUCGGCGGCAAGAAGAGGAUCUUCGGCGCCCCGCAUCCUUCGUUGCCGCUGUGCGGCCGCACUGCGCUGGCAGCGCGCCGGGUGGGCCGUCUCACGCUGCGAACCAAACUGCUCCAGGACAAAUCCGGCAAAGCUGACCCAUUGUCGGAGGCGGUGGGCGUGGAAUCCCAGGCGAGGCUGCGCCAUGACAAGGGCCAGCUGGAGGAGCACGUGCGCCAGGUGAUUGACACCUUCAACAUGGCUGUGGCCUCCAUUGAGAAGGAGAAGGCGAAGCUGGAGAGUGACCUGAAGAAUGCUGACAUGAAGCUGCUGGUGCUGUACGAGGAGCUGUUGACCUUGAACGAGCUGGAGGAGAAGGAUGAAGCACUUCUCAAGAAGGCCACCAAGUGUCGCCAGGACAAGACCAGCAUUAUGCAUCAGAUCAAGGAGUGCCAAGAUCAGCUCAGCGACAAGAAGGCAGAGAUCGAGGAGUGGCACACGCAAGAGCAGAAUCUCCAGGCAGAGUUCACGGACCUGGUGGGGGAGAACUCCCCCUUCCUCAGCGCGCUGCUGAAGGUCUACAAGAAGAAGGUGAAGCGAUCGAAGCGCAAGAAGGGCGAGGAGGAGGAGUUCGAUGAGGACGAGGAGGACGAAGACGACGAGGGCAGCGACAUAGAGAGCGAUGAGGACGAGGACAUGGAGGACGACGACGUUGGCCCCCCACAGGGCUGCGAUCAUCAGAUCUACGAGAGUGUCAUCGACCUCCGCGACAAGCGCCUGGAGAUGGAAGAUGCGCUGCAGGAGAUCCAAAAGGCGGUGGAGGGCCUGAAGCAGACCCACAAGAAGCUUCUGGAUGAUGAGCGCCGCAUCGACAAGGAGCAGAAGAUGACGGAUGCAGAGAUUCAACAAUUCCAGACGGACAAGCAGCGGAAGCUGAACCAGGUGCCCAUCGUCUUCGCGCUUCGGCUCUCCCAGGUGCAAUGCCUCGGCUCCAACCCCGAGUCUGAGAAGAUGCCGCCGGAGCUCGGGCAGCAGGUGAUCUUUACCAACGAGGGCCUGAAACGGCUCAUGUCCCGCAUCACCGAGCUGCACCAGGAGAUUCGGGAGGUGAAGGCUCGACACAAGCAGCUGCAGCGGGACUUCCGCGUUAGGAAGAAGGACAAGAACGUGGCUCUCCAACACAUUGAGGAUCUUCACGCCAAGUUCCAGGACAUUCAGAUGCUCAAGUUUGGGCAGAUUGUGGACUUAGACCUCAUCGAGCGAAGUGCUCCCAACAAGUACGUGCAGGAGCUCCAGGAGAAGGUGCUGCAGGCCGAAGCGGAGCACCGGCGCCGCAUCGCCGAGUGGCAGAAGAGGAUGGAGAAGCAGAAGAAAGAGCUUGCGAAGAUUACCUGUGACAACACUUCUCUCAUGGAGCAGAUUGUGAGCAUGGGUUAUUCGCAGAUGCAGCUGGAUGCCGCGCUAAAUGCACGGAUCGCCAAUGUCACCGUGAACGACAAUGAGCCCUUGAAUGAGCUGCGGGACAUGGAGAGGGAACGCUGCAAAGACCUGCUGGCCCUUCAAGCCAAGGAGAUCGCCACCCUGCAGGCGGAGAUCAAUCUGUUCCGCAAGAAGGGCGGCCACAUUUACACCACGGUCACCGCCAACCGCUCGGGUUAGGUGGGCCAAUGGAUUGUGAGUGACUAGACUCGGAGAAGCCGCCGAAGGGACCACACAGCGGCAGAUGAAUGGUUUUUGCCGUUUUUUCAUAGGCCUCUGUUUGAUCGGCUAGCCUGAUUAGAAGUACGCAACCAGCCCAAUUCGCCGAGAAUUUCGGCGAAGGCAGGUUUUCACCGGAGCUGCGUGAAGAGCCUUGCAAAUCGCUGAAUUCACCAAGGCUGCAGCAUUUCACCCGUGUCUCACUUCACCCGUGUCUCACUUGAUUGCAAGCAACGGUCAAGCCCUCG